GAGAUAUUUGCCUUGAUCUUAUAGCCCAAGUACGGAUACCAGUUGACCCUACUGCUCCAUGCUGGUAGACUAAAGCUGGAUGUGUCUAUGGAUGGAUGGGUUCGCAGAUCAUAAAUUUCCCCUCCAUCAUAAACAACUUACACCCAACAGCACCGCGAUCAUGACAACGAACAUAUCACUCGAGACCACAAUGGGCUCGCUCACCGUUGAGCUCUACACCACCCACGCCCCCAAGACCUGCAAUAACUUCACCACCCUCGUCCGUCGCGGCUACUACGACAACACCAUCUUCCACCGCAUCAUCCCCAAUUUCAUGAUCCAGGGCGGCGACCCAACAGGAACGGGCCGCGGCGGGAGCUCCAUCUACGGCGACAAGUUCGAGGACGAGAUCGACCCGGGUCUCAAGCACACAGGCGCUGGUAUCCUGAGCAUGGCCAACGCGGGCCCCAACACAAACGGAUCGCAGUUCUUCAUCACGCUUGCGCCUACGCCUUGGCUCGAUGGCAAACACACUAUAUUUGGAAGGGUCAAAUCCGGCAUGAGUACUGUCAAGAGAAUGGGCAUGGUCAAGACUGGGUCCGAGGACAGGCCCAACGAGGACAUUAAGAUUGUCAAGGCUCGCAUUGUAGAGGAGGACGAGGAGGUCUAGAUAGAAAGUAUUCGCGGAGUGGAUUAGACAUCUCUAGCAUUGGCGUUCAGGAUUACAAGUUACAAGCCAUGGUCACGAUCACGGUCAUGGCUACGAUCAAAGUCACAGGUCGCGUUCAAGAUCAUAUUUUUGCAAAUAUCCAUUGUUGUUGUACUCACUACGCCAAAAACGCC